CCGGCAAAUAAAUGUUGUGAUCGUAUCGACUUCAAAAUGGAUCCCAAGUCUUCGCAUGCUAUUGAAUCGGAUUUUCAAUCUUCUUCGACCAAUUUAUGGCCGAUGAAACAAGGUUUUUUUCCAGAUGCUAUCGCCGAUGAUGAGGACGACGAUGAAAAAUCAAGACGGUUAGCGUGGUUAAAAUCUUGGUGGUUCAAAGGCCUGAUUCAAGGAUGCGCUGUCGUAAGUGUCAUCUCAGUUUCUAUGAACAGUCCAGCGACGUUCGACAAAGUUAGUGAAUUAAUUUAUGUGACUCUGAUCCUAGACAUUAUGGUAGUAAUUGUCUUUACAAUUGAGAUGGUUGCUCAAAUUCUCAAAUAUACAUUUAGAGCCUAUUUAAAACGUCGAAAUUGCAUCUUUAAUUUUAUUAUGGUUCUUCUUAUCUGGGCUUCAAUUAUACUUCAAUUUGUUGAACUUAGCGGCAUAAAACCAAAGCCAUACACGAUGUUUUCGAUUCCCAGAGCACCUAGAGCUCUCAUAAUGCUUCGGGUCUUUAAGGUUUUCGUUAAUUUUCGCUUGAGCGAAGAAGUAUCGCGGCGAUCGAGAAGACAGAUCUGGUCUGUUAUCAUAUUCUUUGCCUACUUUAUGACCCUGGCUUCAAUAAUAGGUAUUCAAAUGUUUGGAACCAAAAACCACUAUUGUGUGAAAAAUUCAACCGAUUUGAACAAUGUGAAAUACAGUGAUAUUCCCCUACCCGAGGCUCGAUGUAGUCUGACAAAUGAGAAAGGAUAUUUUUGCCCUAGUGGUUUUAGUUGCGAGGAAAUCAAGUUGCCGGGCUUCAUGGGCGCUCGUAAAUACUUUGACCAUUUUGGAUACAGCCUUUUGACAGUAUAUGUCAGCGCUACGCAAGAAGGCUGGGUGCUCGUCAUGUAUCAGAUGAUGAACGUGAGGUCGAAAUUAUUGGUAGCUAUAUAUUUUGUACUAUUGAUAUUUUUUCUGGCUUUGUUAGUCAAGAACGUAUUCAUUGCCGUUGUAUCGGAAACGUUUGCGGAUCUUCGUAGUCACUAUACAAUCAGUCGACGUCAAACGAGAAGACGACGAUAUACUGGCUUGUCAUCACUUGUCAUUAAAGAUCAUGGAACUGGUUGGCAUCUUGUUUCUGUGGAUCAUGAAGCUAGUAAAGGACAUGCUCCCCUUCCAAUUCGACGAGUUAUAGGCUCAGCUGUUGUACAAUAUUUUAUUUGGAUUUGCGUUUUUGUGGAUGCUUUGAUUCAAGCCAUUAACAGGCCAUGGCGACGCCAAGCGCAAUUCAUUUUUACGAUAUUAUUCGACAUUGAAGCUCUGUUAAAAAUCUGGUGUUCUGGUUUCAGAGCAUAUUUGAACAAUUCUCGGAUGCAGUUUGUGGAGUUUGUGAUUGCGGUGGGGAGUACUGUGCUAGCAAUACCUGUGCUUUUAGGACACGAUGCAUUUGCUUUUUUUCAUGUCAUGCGAGUUAUCCGUCUUAUUGGAGCAAUUCCUGGACUUCAGGCCUUUUGUCUCAAGAUCUUUGGAACUGGAAAAAAGCUGGGAAGUAUCAUCCUUUUGACUUUUUUCUUCGUCAUGCUUUUAUCAGCUAUUGGAAUGCAACUCUUCUCCACACUCAAAGAGGAAGACGGCAGCUAUAUAUUUGGCACGUACACUCAAUCUCUUGAAUCAAUGUUCCAAAUUCUUACCCAAGAGGGUUGGGUGGAAGUAAUGGAGAAAUCCAUGAUAAGUGCCGAAGAUAUUAUUCCUGCCAUUUUGGUCGCGUGUUUCUUGACACUAUAUCACGUGUUUUCGUCCUUGAUCAUAAUGAGCGUGUUCGUUGCUGUUAUCGUUGAUAAUCUUGAGUUGGAUGAAGACGUUAAGAUUAUGAAACAACACAAAAUGGACGAGGAAACUAGUGUGACACAUGAGAAACUUCCUUUAAGGAUUCGAAUUUACGAGCGCUUCAAAGAAGACCCAAGACUCGUCAAGAUGAGCCGGUUGAAGUUUGCUUCGGAAUUCCCCACGCCUAAAAUCCGUGAAAGUUUCAUGCGGCGUUUUGUGAACACUGAGACAUUAACUGACUUACCUCUUGAAUUAUCAAGCGAUGGUGACGAAGGAAGUCCAACUCCAAGGAUUCCUGGCCGCCGUGCAGCACUGCAUGAUCUGCCUGUUCAACUUCUUAACUCCUCGAUCUCGGAAGCAAGUCGCUCAACAAAAAUCUUCCGUAAACAAUCAACUGUUUCCGCAUUGAUCAACGAUUCAAAUCAUCGUAGAACACUCGCUCAGUUAUCGCCAACAGAUAUCACUCAAGGAAAGAGCACCGGAUUUCGCUCAGCAUCUCGUCGGUUCCGUACUGGAGGGCGUGCCGGAAGAGGUGCUGUAACAGAGGCCGAUGUGAAGCGGUUGAUGGCAUCACAAGGUACCAAAAAGCUCCAUUCACAACUAAGUCAAGAGGAUGGAAACCAAAGAGACUGGGACAUACAAUCCCUUCGAGAAAAGAGAGAACAAGCGCAAAGUAGACGACGUUUUCAAGAAGAGACUCUGCGUGAAAAUCAUCCUUUCUUCGACCAGCCUCUCUUCGCGCUACCGCGUGACUCGUGGUUUCGUGGCUUCCUGCAGGGUGUCGUGCAUGCGCGAUAUACCAUUCCCCCUGGAUACCGUGACCGAGCGACUCGUAACCGCCUUGUUUCCAUGGAAACUAUCCAGAAAACACUUGCUUCGCAGACUUACUUGGAAUGGACAAUGGUUUUCAUCACACUUGCAUCAUGUCUGUCCAUGAUGACGGAAACGCUCGAGGAAAACACAUUCCAAAACCCUUGGACAAACGUCUUUGAACAUUUCUUUGUUGUUGCGAUGAGUAUCGAACUAGGAAUUCGAAUACUUGCGGAUGGACUUCUAUUCACACCUAAUGCUAUCAUUCAAAACGUUGGCGGAGUACUUGACAUAUUCAUAUACUUCAACGGCCUUGUGUACAUCUGCUUGCAGCCCAAGGAAGUGCGUGCAGGCUCAGGUGCUCAGAUUCUGAUGAUUUUACGAUGUCUCCGACCUCUUCGGAUAAUCACACUGAUGCCAAAGAUGAAGAAGGUUAUCAUGGAACUGUGUGGUGGGUAUAAAGAGAUUCUUAAAGUCUCUGCUCUUCAAUUGAUACUCAUGUUUAGUUUUGCUAUAUACGGAGUUCAAGUGUUUUCCGAUAAACUUGCAAGGUGUAACGAUGUAUCCAUUGAAAGCAAAGAAAACUGCACAGGUUACUUCAUACGGGAACUAUCGACGCCUCGGGAACUGGGAGAUCUUGCUGGUGAAGUCCCAUCCAUGCUUGUUCCACGUGUUUGGAAAAACCCUCGUAAUUUUAACUUUGAUGAUGUGUUCAAAGCUUUUCUUGCACUUGUUGAAGUCUUAUCUCUCGAGGGCUGGUUAGAAGUACGAGACGUGAUUCGUGAUUCUCCAGUUGCUGAGUACGCGGUGUUCGUCCAUAUUUACGUGUUAUUUGGUAGCAUGAUCGGUUUGACGCUCUUCGUUGGUGUCGUCGUGACAAACUUUAAUGAACACAAGGGAAUCGCGUUACUCACUGUCGACCAAAGAAGAUGGCAGGAUUUGAAGAAGCGCUUGAAACUUGCACAACCACUUCACCUUCCACCUCGUCCAGAUGAACCAGGAAUUCGAAAGAAACUUUACGACGUCAUGCAGUCUGUUUUCUAUCGUCGAAUUGUCGCUGUGAUCGUCUUGCUGGAAUGUCUUACACUUGCUGUAGCACAAUGGACUACUGCCGAACAAGAAGUCCGUGACGGCGUGACAACAUUAGCUGCUGCCUGCACCUUGUUCUUUUUUAUCGACGCAAUCUUAAAGAUCAUAGCAUACACCUUCGAGGGCUAUUGGCGGAGUAUGAGGAACAGGUUUGAUAUGUUGUUGACUACUUUAGGAAUCAUCUGGAUUAUCCUGAACUUUUCGCUCAAAACGAGGAAAGAUAUGUACCAGGGCUGCUUAGUCUUUGGAGUGGUCAUCAUCGUUUUCAGGUUCCUCACACUGUCUGGUAAGCACAAUACUCUUAAAAUGCUCAUGCUCACCGUUGUUAUGAGUCUGGUGAAGAGCUUUUUCACAAUCGCAGUCUUGGUUGUCUUGAUGAUGUGCUACUCUCUUGCUGGAGUGAUUCUCUUUGGCUCGGUCAAAUUUGGAGAAGCUAUCAACCACAAUGCAAACUUCCAAACUAGUUUCGAGGCGAUGAUCCUCCUUUUCCGUAUAAUCACUGGCGAAGAUUGGAACAAAGUCAUGCACGACUGUAUGAUUGACGAACCAUACUGCACACAUGCUGAUGACACCAGCUGGAGGACAGACUGUGGUAACGAGGCAGCCGCCAUCGUCUUCUUCAUCUCAUUUUACGUCAUUGUGACUUUCAUUCUUCUCAACGUGUUCGUCGCUGUCAUUAUCGAGAACUUCUCUUUGUUUUACGCCAGCGACGAGGACUCGUACCUCAGCAACACUGACUUAAGAGACUUCCAAAUGGCUUGGAACUUAGUUGAUAAGGGACGUCGCGGCAUCAUGUCUGUUCCACAAGCACGACUAUUUCUUCGUGUCUAUAUCUUUUUCAAGCAGAAUAAUUAUCUUAAAGGUCGUCUUGGUGUCGACGAUAGGUCUACCUCAUUCAGACACAUGUGCUGUGAAAUCGAAAAACUUCGUAAUGGCGGUGAUGUGUCUUUCCAUGAUGUGCUCGGAGUCAUUGCUUACAGGACUGUAGACAUAUCCCAUUGUCUUCAAAUCAAUGAACUUCUAGAGCGGGAAGAACUGGAGUACACUAUCGACCAAGAAGUUGCUAUUCAGACAAUACGUGACUGGUUCAUCAAACUCAGAAUGAAAAGAGAAAGAGAAAAGCAGAAGAAAGAACGAGCAAGUCCUUUGGUGUCCAGCAACGAGAGUUUGAACAACGCUGGACUUGGGGAAGAGUCGGAUCGCGAACAACGAGAACACCACGAACGUGAUCGUCUUAGCAGCGGAGAGGAAGAAGAGAAAGAACCUGAAAAGAUGCCAGCAAUGAGAACACUGUCUUCGCAGUCAGCGGGAUUUUUAGCUCCACCAUCGUCUCCACCGCGUCAGCGGAAGUUUUCAGGCCCCGAUAGGUUCAGUUCUCCACGGAAAAGUUCAUCUGUGUCGUUCCCAACUGAAAUAGUAGAACCGCCUCCAGCUUCUGCUUUGAGACAAAGACAAAGAUCCAUUCCUACCGAACAGAAAGAGAACACCGAAGUUAGUGACUGGUGGACAACACAAGUGAAAGAUGAACUUCCCUUUCAAUCUCCUUAAAAGGCCAGUAUUUUUGGACGCCGAACAUUUCAUGUGCGCUUCAUAUAAGCAUGCAGUGGUCUCUUUUAUGUGGUUCUGUGCAUAGUCGCAUGAAAAGUUGGACGUCUUUACAUUCUUAUUAGUUUUUAUCUUCAAUUCAGUGUACAAACAUUGAACAUUAGCCAUGUUUUAAAAAUGCAAUUACGCUUUGUUUAUCGAUUGAUAACGACCACUAGGUGCAUUGGUCUAUUUUACGGGUGUUUUACCUUGGUUGAUUCGAUAUGGCUGAUGUUCAAUGUGUAGAAUACACAUUAGGUAAUGCACUACAAGUAUGCGUUAUCUAGACCACAACUUAUUUCUAUAUUCCUUAGUUCCUUGGCAUGUCCAAGAGUGCAUUUAGUGUAAGUAUAAAAUGCUCAGUGCAAUAAUGGACAAUUGUUUAAAUUUAGUACGAUUUUUUAAAAUAAGUAUAUGAUUCACGCUAAUGGUAAAUGCACUAUUGGUCGAAUGAUAGAAUUGAAAUUAACAAAUGGCUUUUUAGAAAGCAUUAUACAUAUAAUAGUUAUUUUCAUGAAACCUUGAAACCAAUAGUAUUUAUUCAAAUUCAAUCAACAAUAUUCGAACGGUAUAAAUUGCGGUUUGGUGUUUCAGGGCUCAAUGGAAACUUUUUAACAAUAUCCUAACAAAAUUAAACGUACUUCAGUGAGCAUUAACCUAUGACAUUAGUUUGCUAUCAUAUUGAUAACCAAGGAACCUCGUCCUCAGGCUUUUCACGCUAGUGUCCUCCAUUUUGAAAAUAGAGAAGAGUGAAGGCCCUUGGACGAGGUUGGUCCAGAAAAGCCGUCAAUAGUAAUGUCUAUGGGUUUGGUGUUUGCACUCUCUGACCACGUAUAUUUUAAUCUUUAUAUAAUUAGUUAGCACACACACAAAUAUAAGACGUGUGAUCAUGAAUAUUUGAGAGUAUAAAAGUGAUUUUCUGGAGACCGAGAAAACAAAAUGGCUGGCUCAAGAAUUAUUACAGCUUGAGCAAAGGCAAAAAAGCAGUAUUAAGUAUUUGCCUUGCUAUUCUUUCGAGGUUGAAGGAAAUCACCAUAAAACCGUGAAAUAUAGGUCAGAUUAGUAUAUCUUGAUUUCAUCGCUCUUGGGCGUGUCUAAGGGAACAUUAGACACUGCCAAGGUGCAAUAUUUUAUUAUAUCUUUCAAGUAUUUUUGUGACUUCAACCUGCUUCUUCCAUAUUAGUAUAUUAUAUUACCGUGACGUAACGGUCGUCUACAAACGGUAUUUCCARAAAGUAUAGAGCGGCUUGUAUAAAUCCACGAAGCAGCAUGAUGAAUUCAAAUAAAAGUAUAUCAAAAAGAGAAGAAAAUAAUAAUUUCAGUACAAUUGUACUAAUGUGAAUUUCAUAUAUCGUGUUUUUUGUCUGCUUGCCACUUUGCAAUGCAUAAUUUUAUUGAGGACUUUCAUAUUUCUAACAACUUAGCUUGGGCAGUUUCAUGGACUUGUAGGUUAAACGACAUCGGUCGCUGUUAUGUGCUCGACGUAAAAGCUCGAAGCAAAGUAACUAUAAGAAGACAUAGAAGCUAACACUACUGAGCAUGUGCAAACGUAUGAUUAGCAAUCAGUAAAAUUUAGUGUCAUUCUCUGCCCAGAGCACCUCGGUCAAACAACGACGGGGGUUUCUUGGGUACUAAAAUUUGAGUAUCAAUGCAUUGAAUCAAUUUAAGAAAAAGUAUUUACAAAUUGUUAUCGCAUAUAGUUGCAUUAAUUGUAAAUAGAAUGAUUCUCCUAUUAUUAGAGCAUAUUAGAGAAUAUUAGUAUUUAUUGGGGGUAUUGUAGCAUGCAAUCGGUUAGAUUUUUACUAUGACUGAACAGAUCAAAUAUUUUGAUGAUUUUUUAACAGGGAAUCAAAGUGAGGGUUUAACAAUACUUUUAACAUGAUGUAGCUAUGAUUUGAAUAAAGAAUGUCAAGUUAAAAAUUAUUGGUGUUAAGUAGAACUCCCUGCUUAGUAUAUAGAGUAGACGUACUAAAUCCGUAUAAAAAAUAGUACUAAUUACUACUUAAAAAAUAAUGUUGAUGAGACAAUAGGAAACAGAGGAUUAACAUGAUUUUUUUAAUAGUUACUUAAGUUUCACGAUUUGUUUUGCUUUU